AUGUCUACGGAGUACGCGGCGUUAACAAAGAUCGCGGUGACGGCAGAGCACAUCAAAAAAUGCGCGUUUUCCAGCUGGUAUGAGGCGUUCAAGGGCCACACUCCGCGGGCCGAGGUGAUUCGGCCGCUGCCCGAGGCUUUCGUGAGGUAUCUGGAGCAGGACGGGAUUAGGCUGGCGCAGGAGGAGGGCUCGGUGUCGUUCUACACGCAGGAGUUGGAGCAGACGGCAGAAAACGAGUACAGCGACUGGGAGGGCGGCGACAGCGCGAGCGAGCGGUCGUGCGUGCCGGUGGACCCGGUGGCGGACUUCCCGGAGGUGCACGCGCGGGUGAAGCAGGCGAUCGCGCGGUUCGGCGCGGUGGCGCCAAAGCUGAACUGGUCCGCGCCGAAGGAUGCAACGUGGCUGCUGCCGAAUAACUCGAUGAAGUGCAGUGAGGCCAACGAUGUGUAUCUGCUGCUGAACGGGUCUGGUCACGUAAUGCACGACCUGCAGGACGCGUUCCGCGAGUGCGUGGACGGUGGGGCGGAGCGGCCGGCGCCGGAGCUCGUGCUGCGGGAGUGGUUCAACCUGAACCCGGCGCUGGAGUUCCGUGUGUUUGUACGAGAUGGGGAGGUCCUGGGCGCGUGCCAGCGGGACCUGAACUACUACGACUACCUGAAGCCUCUGGAGGAGCAGCUGAGGACGGCCAUCGAAGACUUCGUGCACGAAGUGAUGCUGCAGCGGUUCCCGGACGACACCUUUGUUGCGGACGUGUACAUCCCGCGGCCGUUCACAAAGGUCUGGCUGAUCGACGUGAACCCGUUUGCGCGGAAGACGGACCCGCUCCUGUUUUCGUGGAACGAGCUGUGCACCCUGAAGCCUGACGCCGAAGGGCAGCCGGAGCUGCGCCUGGUUGCGGAAAACAAUAUCGGUCGCUUCGCAGCGAAGGAGCACUCGGAAAACCAGGUACCUCUGGACGUGGUCGAGGCAGGGCUCAAUCCGCAAAGCAUGCAGAAGCUGGUUGAGACAUGGCGGGAUUUGCUUAAGAUACAGGAAGAGGAAUAA